AAAAAUUCAUUUCUGAUACUAUUGACUUUUAUGACAUUGGGCCUGACACUAUGCAAGUUGGUAUGUGAGUACAGCAGGACAGUAGAAAUAGUUUGGAAAAGCAAGCUGAUCCAUGGUUACACGGCUGAUUUGAAAAGCACAGGGUUGGCGCUUACGACUGUGGCGAGAGAUUUAAUGGGCGCUGGAGGAUCCAGUGGUCGAAGAAUGGAUACUCCAGCAAUUGUUGUUCUUAUAACGGAUGGAAAGUCUCUGGAUGAAGUUGAAGAGCCAGCUGCGAUCUUACGGGAGCUUGCAACUGUGGUAACCCUUGGUAUUGGAGACUUAGUGGUUAAAGAUGAAUUGGAAACAAUAGCUUCAAGCCCAAGUGAUAAAUUUGUCACACAAGUUUCUGAUUUCGAUGAUCUGUCAGAAAUUACAAGAUCUUUUGCUGAAUCCUUAUGUGCAGCUAAAAAUGUAAGUGACAAGGAGACCUGUGGAUCUGAAGGUGACUUCAGGUAUCUUACUCUGGAUGGAAAGAACUUCAGUUUCAACGGUUCAUGUAGUUACACCCUAGUGAAUGUUUUCUGCAAAAAUCUGGAUCAAUUUACAGUUGUGCUUUUAAAAGAUCCGCACGGCCAUCCUGCUCCAUAUUUCUUUGCCAGAGCUGUUGUUGAUAUUAUGGACUUCAGAAUUGAAUUGCAAAGAGAUAAUGUGAUAACUGUUGAUGGAUUUCUGGUAAAUAUUCCCUUCACAAGUAAGGAUGGUGAAGUGAGAAUUAGAUUAUCUGGAAUUUAUGUAAAAAUAUUUGCCAAAAAUGGGAUCACUGUCGAGUAUGACGGGUCGUUUAACUUCAAAGUAGCGAUGCCUGCCACUUUCAUGGGUUGCACUCAAGGUUUGGCUGGAAAUUACAAUGGUCUACCAGAUGAUGACUUUACUGGUAUUGAUGAAUUUGAACACGCUGAGGCAUGGAAACUUGCAGGAAGUCCAAUAAGUUGUAUUGCUGGCGAUCCAUUACAUAAAUGUGAAGACGGCAACUUUAAGAGUGGAACUUGUGGUUGUGAAUCUAUGAGAGAUCCAAACUUUGUCUUCAGUGAUUGCAUGCAACAAGUGGCACCUCUCUCAUAUGUUGGGGAUUGUCAGUUUGAUGCUUGUGUUCAUGCUGGUUCAAGUCAUGCCAUAGAUGCAAACUUUGCAUCGUACGCACAAGCAUGUGAACGAGCAGGCUUCCCAGUUAACUGGAGAGCAGCAUGUAGCAUUGACAACAACGUUUGUCCCCCCAACUCCACAUAUGAUUCUUGCACAACUGGAUGUUCGAACACAUGCUCAGACCCAACUGCGGAAACUAAGUGUCCAACAUCACCUUGUAAAGAAGGUUGUAAAUGCAAUGGUGACAUGGUCUUAUCUGGCACUGAAUGUGUUCCACUUGAAAAGUGUGGUUGUGUCAUGAAUAAAAGAUACUACAAGAACAACGAAGAGUUCUACACUGAAGGAUGUUCUGAGGUGUGUAGUUGUGUGGAUGGGGAAGCAGUUUGUAAUGCAACUGAUUGUGAAGAUGAUCAAUAUUGUGGGGCAGAUUUGAAAGGAGUACUGGGCUGUCAGGCUCAAGUGGUUGGGAUUUGUGGACCAGCGGAGAAUGGCAACUAUCGUAACUUUGAUGGUGAAGAUAAACUUUCUUUCACCGAGGAUUGUACUUACACAUUGUCCAACACAUCCGCAUAUUAUAAGUUUGAUAAAAGAUGGUUUGACAUCAAGAUUGAUGUUUCAGGAACAUCAACAAACCAGUUCUCUAUUAAUUCUGCUCAGAUUUUGUUCAGAGGUGGAAUGACUUACAUAGAUUUCGGACCAGGAGUGCAGUUUUCGGUUAAUGGUACUUACUUGCAAAGCUAUGCUGAUGACACAGUGUCGGUUUCUGUGAGCAAUAAUGUCAUUACUUUGGAAACCACUGAAGACCUUACAGUUGUUUAUGACGGUAGCUUGAUUGAUGUCAGUGUCAAAAAUAAUUACCAAGGGAAGCUUGGUGGCAUAUGCGGCAACUUUAAUGGUCGAGUCACUGAUGAUUACCUGAAACCCGAUGGUGACGUAACAGAUAAUAUACCUGAGUUUAUCAGUUACCACCAAAUAGGUUUAUGUGGUGGAGGGUUAGGAACACCUAAGAAUGAUUGUCCAAGUAGUGGCCAAAGUUCCUUAGGUGGAAUGUGCAGUGCAAUAUCUGAUGAGGAAGGUCCUUUCUCUGAAUGUCACGACCAUGCUGACCACACUGAGUUCUUGAACACUUGUCUCAUUACCGCCUGUUCAAGUCAAGCUGUCCCAGAAGUUGUGGAAAUGUCAAUGGAAGGAUAUGCAAAUGAAUGUGAAACAGUGGGAAAGCCUAUCUGUACAUGGAGACAAGCUACUGGUUUGCAGAUGGUUUGCCCGGAGAAUUCUAAACCGUUUCAAUGCGUUUCUGGUUGUCCUAACACAUGUAGCAAUCCUAAAGCUGAAGAAGAGUGUGACAAACCAAAGACAGACAGAUGUGUAUGUGAUGAUGGUUACCUGAUGGAUAACAAUGGAAGUUGCAUUCGAGAGGAAGAAUGUGGUUGCAUUUUACCAAGUGGUGCAUACGUAGAUGUUGAUUUCCGCUACAUGAGUCCAGACUGUGGAACUGAGUGUGUGUGCCAGCAAGGUGGUGACUACACAUGUGCACAAGUGACAUGUACACCAGGAGAAUAUUGUGCACAAGUAACUUGGGGAGUCUAUGACUGCCUUGAUGAAACACAACCUACACCUGUGCCAAUAGAUCCUCGUCAAGGUUCUAACAACUCCAGCAAAGAAAAAUGUCCGCGAAACAUGGUUUUGGAUUUGAUCAUUGUUCUCGAAUCAAGUGCUUCUAUGACAUCACAAGAGUUCAAUCAAUCUCUAUUGUUUAUUUAUGAUAUGAUUGAUCGGUUUGAAAUAGGUGUUCGAUCUGUUCAGGUUGGUGUAAUACUUGCUUCCACAAAACCUGUGGAAUUAUGGAAGCUUGGCACACACAAGCAUAAGGAUGGAUUAUUAGAAGAUAUUGCAAACAUUCCUCAGCAGUCAGGCGGUGUUGUGAACAUGGGGCUGGCUCUAGACUAUGUUGCAACAACAUCUGUCACUGCUAAAGCUGGAAGGCGAUUGGACGCUGAUGUUGUUGUCAUGGUGAUAUUGGAUGGUGCAUCACGUGAUGCUGUCAUUCAACCAAUCAGAAAGCUUCAUGAAAUUUCCACAGUAAUUGCCGUGGGGGUUAAGAGAACUAAAACAGAUACUUUGAAUGAGUUGGCCUCUGCACCUGAUUCAAUUAAUGUAAUACAAGAAGAUUCUUUUGAAAAGUUGAUUACGAAAGCUAACACAACUGCUGAACAUGUAUGUUCAUAUGGAGUACAAGAACCCCUCUGUUUAACUGAGAAGGAUUGUACUUGUGCAUACGAUGGUGGAAUUACUAUGAGUAAAGGAGACACAUUCAUGCUAAAUGGUUGCAAACAAAACUGCAUAUGUGCUGGUGCCCGAGGAAUUAUAUGCAGAGCUACAAACUGUGAUGAAGGGGAGAUAUGUGAGAAGAAUGACUUGACAGGAUUCUAUCAUUGCUUUCCGCAACAAAACUAUAAAUGCAGAUCUGAUACAGCAAUAGAUCUUGUGUUUGUGGUUGAUUCAAGCACAUAUGUCCGAAGACAAAACUUUAAGGAAAUGCUUCACUUGGUCUCUGACAUUGUACGUCGAUUCCAAAUCGGUCCUAACGACGUACAAGUUGCUUUGGUCCGCUACAGUACUUCAGCAGAUAUUGCAUUCUCCCUCUCUGCCCAUUCUGAUGAGACUAAUGUUAUCAGCUCUAUAACUGCAGUUACGAAUAAUCCUGGCUAUAGAAGGAUUGGGCAAGCCCUACAGACAGUUAGUAGCCGAAUACUCAGCGCAGAAACUGGUCAAAGACAAGGCGUGCCUGCUGUUGUUGUUGUCAUAGCAACGGGUCAUUCAGAUGACUUGAUCAAGACAGCAAGCGCAGAGUUGAAGUCUAAAGCAACAGUUAUAGCUCUUGGUAUUCGUUCAGUUGAAGGUGAAAUGUUGGAUGAGAUUUCCAGUGGACAAAACUUCUCAAUUUAUGAAAAUGAUUAUAUUCAACUGCAUGAAGUUGGGGGGUCUGUUGCUCAGCUUAUAUGUAAGCUUGGUCUUUAUAUUGGCACAACCACAGCCCCAAGCACAGUUGCAGGCACUACUCUACCUGCAGUGAAUGAAUGUGAUCUAAACUUAGACAAUUGUUCAGCCAAUGCAACUUGUUCUAAUACCGAGACAGGUUUUGAAUGUUCUUGCACAACUGGUUAUGAAGGAGAUGGUCUUAACUGUACAGAUGUGAAUGAAUGUUUGGAAGUAACUUGUGAUGACAAUGCAUUAUGUGUGAACACACCUGGUAGCUAUGGCUGUGAGUGCAAGAAAGGAUUCCUUGGAAGGGAAGGAACUUGUUUAGACAUAAAUGAAUGUUCCACAAAUGUCUUCUUAUGUGACCAGCGGUGCAGAAAUACAUUUGGAAGUUAUGAGUGUUCAUGUUUUUCUGGGUAUACUGUACAAAACAACUCCAUCUGUGCAGAUAUUGAUGAAUGCGAUACCAACAUUAAGUUGUGUAAUGAUGAUCAGGAAUGUGUAAAUACUGAUGGUGCUUAUUACUGUACAUGCACUACUGGUUAUACUGCAGUUGGUGAUGCUUGUCAAGAUAUAAAUGAAUGUGAGAGUGGGGCACACAACUGCAGUGACUUAGCUGAUUGUAACAACAGCAUAGGAAGUUAUACUUGUGCUUGCAAAGAAGGCACCAAUGGUGACGGAUAUAAUUGUGAAUCUUCUGACACAAUUGGAUCUUGUGAUUCAAUAUCCUCAUGGAGUGCAUGGAUGGAUAGAGAUGAUGUUGAUGGGGUUGGUGAUGAUGAAUCAUUGGAAUCACUCACAAGAGAAAGACCAUAUGAUUUUUGUUCAAGUCCAUCAGCCAUACAAAUACGAACAGUAGCUGAUGUUGGAUAUCUAGAGACUGGCGACAAAUUGGAUGUUGGUUUAAACAUUGGUGUUGUGUGUGAAAACAGCAGACAACCCAGUGGCGUGUGUCAGGACUACAAGAUAAGAGUUUGUUGUUCAGGAAUCCUUGGUGAAUGUACAUCUGGUUCAUCAUGGAGUCGCUGGAUGAGUGAGGACACCCCUGUGUAUGUUGAAGGUGAUGUUCAACUCCUUUCUAUACUCAGAAGCAAGUAUCCAGAUGAAGUUUGUGCAUCACCAACUGCUGUAAGAGGAAGAUCCAAAGAUACUGGUCUUGUUUACUCCAUGACCCAGAACUUUCUCUCUAUUCACAACUUGCUGGGUUUAAUUUGCAGCGAUGUGAAACAAAAUAUUAGAACUUGUGACAAUUACGAGGUUCAAUUCUGUUGCCGCGAUAGGCCGGUUAUUGCAUACGACUCCCCAGAUGUAAAUGAAUGUCAAUACCCUGACAUAUGUGCCCUCAACUCCGAGUGUGUAAACACUGAAGGAAGUUUCUAUUGUGAAUGUAACCAGGGUUAUGUCAGUGAUGGUGAAGCCUGCAUUGAUUUUAAUGAAUGUCAGAACAUAUUGUACCUAUGUGCUCGCAAUGCCACUUGUGACAACACAAAUGGAGGUUUUGAGUGUCAGUGCUUACCUGGCUUUGUGGGGGAUGGCUUUACCAAGUGUGAAUUGGAAGUCACUACAACCAUAGAACCAACUACUGCACCAUACGUAUGUGAUAAAACAUGUCAUAAGAAUGCUUAUUGUAAGAUAGUUAAUGGUGUUUCCACUUGCCUGUGCAAAACUGGGUUCAGUGGAUAUGGAGACAUUAACUGUGCAGAUAUAAAUGAGUGUAUGUAUCGUACACACACAUGCACUGCUGUACAAACAUGUGUGAACUUCCCUGGUGGAUAUUCAUGUCAAUGCAUACCUGGAUAUACAAACGUAAAUGGAUACUGUGUUGAUAUAAACGAAUGUGAUAGCAACCCUUGUGGAAGUGGGCAGUGUAAGAACACAGCAGGAAGCUACAGAUGUUAUUGUGAAGUUGGUUACUAUAAAUAUAAUGGAGACACAUGUUCAGACAUCAAUGAGUGUCGUGAGAUACGAGGUGUAUGUGGGGUGAACAAGACUUGCACAAACAAUGUCGGAAGCUACACUUGUAGCUGUAAGAGUGGAUUUAUUACGGAGGGGCCAGAUCAAUGCACAGAUAUUGAUGAAUGCAGUGAAGGCAUUGAUAAUUGCACUGAGUUCAAGGAUUGUGUGAAUCAACCUGGUUCGUUUAAAUGCGUUUGUAUUGAUGGAUAUGAACCUGAUGGCCAUGGGAAAUGUAAAGAUAUUAAUGAAUGCACCAAAAAAGUUUAUGAUUGCCCGGUUAACUCUAAGUGUAUAAACGAGGACGGUGGUUAUACUUGUUCAUGCUUGAAUGGAUUUGAACUCAACUCUGAAGAUCUUUGUAUUAAUAUUGAUGAAUGUAUUGGUGUAAACAACUGUUCACACAACGCAAGUUGUACGGAUACUGUUGGAAGUUAUGUAUGCAAGUGUAAUGAUGGAUAUACUGGAUCUGGUAUCUUAUGCAAAGAUAUUGAUGAAUGCGCGUUGAAGACACACAACUGUCACAACAGUGCUACAUGCACGAACAUACCUUCUACUUUCACUUGCGAAUGUAUUGAAGGCUUCACUGGUGAUGGAUUCAUUUGUGCAGAUAUAAAUGAAUGUGAGCAAGAUGUUUGUGGUUCAAAUGCAGAAUGCAUUAACCGAGUUGGAACUUACGAAUGCAAAUGCCUUGAUGGGUUCACUCAGUCUGGCGCUGAAUGUAUAGAUAUUAAUGAAUGCAAGCAACAGCCACCAGUUUGUCCCGACAACUCUCUUUGCUCCAACACUGAAGGAAGUUUUACUUGUAAUUGUAAAACUGGUUUUACUGGAGAUGGAUUAACAUAUUGUGUUGAUAUUGAUGAAUGUCAAGAUGAUCCAUCUUUAUGUGGGAUCUUUGCCGAUUGCAGUAAUAAGGUUGGAAGUUAUUCCUGUGUCUGUAAAGAUGGAUAUGAGAUGAACAAUGUUGGGCAAUGUGAAGAUGUGGAUGAAUGCAUCACUGGUGACCAGAAUUGCCAAAUCAAUUCUAAAUGCUUGAACACUGCACCUGGAUACGAAUGCCCAUGUGAUACUGGCUAUAAAGGAGAAGGCAAAACCCUUGGUUGCUCAGAUGUGAACGAAUGUUUGAUUGGAAACACAACUUGUGCAAGAACAGCUGAGUGCAUUAAUCUACCUGGGAGUUACAAAUGUAAAUGUGGUGAAGGUUUUACUGGAGUUCCCACUGUUAACUGUACAGAAAUCAAUGAGUGUAUUGGUGACGUACCAGCCUGUGGAACAAAUGCUGUUUGCACCAACACAGACAAAGCAUUCAGAUGUACAUGUCUGGUUGGUUAUACCGGAGAUCCAACUGUGAAGUGUACAGAUAUUGAUGAAUGUAGUAUUGGUGCUGAUACCUGCACUACUGAGCAAGAUUGUAAAAACAGACCUGGUACUUAUGUGUGUGUUUGUAAAAGUGGAUUUACUAAAAAUGAAGUAUCUCUUCAAUGUGAAGAUAUUGAUGAAUGUUCUACUGGUGUUGACGAUUGCACUGGCAAAUCAGAAUGUCUAAACACCAUCGGUAGCUUUACAUGCAACUGCUUGCCUGGAUAUGCGAUACAAAGUGGAGCUUACUGUGAAGAUAUAAAUGAAUGUACAAACUCAAGCUCUUGUCCUGAAAACUCUGAGUGUUCUAACACACUUGGCAGUUAUGAAUGUGAUUGCUUUGAUGGAUACUUCCUAAAUAAGAGCAAGCAUUGCCAAGAUGUCGAUGAAUGUGCAGCUAAAAAAUAUGACUGUGGUGCAUUUGCUGAGUGUGUUAAUAUAGAUGGAGGGUAUGAUUGCAACUGUAAGAAUGGAUAUGAACUCAACAGCUUUGAUGUGUGUGAAGACAUAGAUGAAUGUAGUACAGGGACAGCUACCUGUGUUUUGAAUGCUGAAUGCUCAAAUGAAGCUGGUACUUUUAAGUGUACGUGUGUGGAAGGUUAUACUGGUGAUGGGAAAACCCUUUGUUCGAAUAUCAAUGAAUGCAACGAUGGAACACAUAACUGUGCAUCCAAUUCUAGAUGCACUGAUACUAUUGGCUCGUUCACAUGCUCUCCUUGUUUGCCUGGUUUCAAAGGUUCUCCGUUCAACUCUUGUGAAGAUAUUGAUGAAUGUACAUUAGGAUUGGCUGGUUGUCAUGACAAUGCAAGUUGCCAUAAUACAAUUGGUUCAUAUCAAUGCAAAUGUGACAGUGGCUACAGUGGUAAUGGCUUUACUUGCAAUGAUAUUGAUGAAUGUUCUAAUGAACUUAGCAAGUGUGCUACACAUGCAUCGUGUGAGAACAACCCAGGUUCAUAUACAUGUACAUGUAAUGUAGGAUUCACUGGUAAUGGAUCAGUCCUUUGCACUGAUAUUAAUGAGUGUGAAGACACAAGUUUAAACAACUGUGUUGAGUUUGCUGAAUGUCUCAAUCUUGCUGGAAGUUUUCAUUGCCAGUGUUUGUCUGGAUAUACAGGAAUCCCAACUGAAUCAUGUUACCGUGUCACUGUCACUACAGUACCACCCACCACAAAGCCAGAUAUUGAUGAAUGUGCACUUGGCACACAUAGUUGCCACCCACAAGCAGAAUGUAUUAAUACAAGAGGAAGCUACCAGUGCAAAUGCAAAGCAGGCUAUGAAUACCAUGCUGACUUCACUUGUGUCGAUGUAGAUGAGUGCAGUGUGGGUACUUCACAGUGUGGUGACAACUCAAAUUGUCAAAACACAAUUGGCAGUUAUACUUGUGUAUGUGCUGAUGGUUUUGUGAGCAGUGGACUAUAUUCAUGUGAUGAUGUUAAUGAAUGCUUGGAGAACCAGAACCUCUGUCCACAUCCUUCAGAGUGCUCCAAUAAUGUUGGAAGUUAUGAAUGUGUUUGUAAAGACGGAUAUCAAAUGGACGGUGGUGUUUGUGGUGACAUCAAUGAAUGUUUAUCCAACCCAAAGUGCAUGCAACGUUCCAAAUGUGUCAACACAAAUGGUUCAUAUGAAUGCAUUUGUAGAAAUGGAUAUGAAAUGUCUCUAUCUGGAGGCUGCACAGAUAUUGAUGAAUGUACUGUUGGGUCUGAUAAAUGUGCUGGAAAUUCCACUUGUUCUAAUACAGUUGGAAAGUAUAACUGCACCUGUAACCUCGGUUACACUGGUAACCCCUUGCAGGAAUGCAUUGAUUUAAAUGAAUGCAUCGAGGUAGUGGAUGCUUGCCUGGAUAACUCAGACUGUACAAACAAUGUUGGUAGUUACACGUGUACUUGUAAAGAAGGAUUUCAAGAAACAGGAGACAAUGGAUUUUGUGAAAAUAUUAAUGAAUGUGAACAAAGAUCCAACCCAUGUGCUGUGAAUGCUACGUGUGAAGAUACUGUUGGAAGCUUCAGUUGUUUGUGUCAACCAGGAUUUACGGGUGAUGGUUACAACUCCUGCGUAGACUUUGAUGAAUGUGGUUCCAGCAAUCAUACAUGUGUACAGAAAUCCACAUGCAUCAAUACUAUUGGAUCAUACAACUGUGAAUGUAUUGAAGGCUACACUGGAGCAGGGGAAAUACUUUGUGAAGAUAUAAACGAAUGUUCUUUACCUGACAUCUGCAAUAAUCCUUCUGCAAGCAUCUGUGUAAACUUACCUGGCACUUAUAGAUGUGAUUGCAAUGAUGGGUUUGUUCUAAAUGAACAAGGAGCUUGUAUAGAUAAAAACGAAUGCAACGAUACUGGGUCAUGUGAUAGCUCAGCUGUUUGCACAAAUCUGAAUGGUUCGUUUGAAUGCAGUUGCAAAGAAGGCUUUACUGGAGAUGGAAAGACCCAGUGUGAAGAUAUCAAUGAGUGCGAUGUAGGGAAUGUGUCUUGUGCACCUAACUCAAAAUGUGAAAACAAAAUUGGGACUUAUAUCUGUACAUGUGAAGAUGGGUAUGCUGGUGAUCCAUGCGUUGAUAUAAAUGAAUGCAAAACUGGAGAUGCGAGCUGUGAUGUAAAAGCUCAAUGCACAAACACUAAUGGAAGCUUUAGUUGUAACUGCAACCUUGGUUACCAAGGCGAUGGUUAUGGUGGUUGUGAGGAUAUUAAUGAAUGUGAGACAUCAGACACGUGUAUUGAGAAUGCAAAGUGUUUAAACACUAUUGGAAGUUACUCAUGUAAAUGUGAGGAUGGUUUUCAAGGUGAUCCAUAUAGUGUUUGCACUGAUAUUGAUGAAUGUUUGCUUGACCAAGCCAACUGUAAUGAAAACACUGAAUGCAUUAACCUGGUUGGAUCUUUCAUCUGUUCGUGUAAAACUGGAUUUGUACAAAACCCAUCAUCGAAUCUAUGUGAAGAUGUAAACGAAUGCAACGAUAAAUCAUUGGUGUGUCGACCAAACUCGGAGUGUGUGAACUCACCUGGAAGUUAUGUUUGUAAAUGCUUGGAAGGAUUUGAGGACAUAAAUGGAGAUUGCAUAGACAUACAAGAAUGUUCAUUGGAGCCAAAGAAAUGCGCUCCAAACUCUAAAUGUGAAAAUAAUGUUGGAAGUUUCACUUGUACUUGUGUGGAGGGGUAUGCAGGCGUGGCAACCGAAGAAUGCAAAGAUUAUAAUGAGUGCAUUCUCGAUGACAUCAAAUGCCAAGACAAUUCUGAUUGUGUGAACACCAUUGGAAGUUAUGAAUGCCAAUGUCAGGAAGGCUUUGUAUCUGCUAGUAACAAUACUUGUAAAGAUUUAGACGAAUGUGCUACGUCUCCCCCGAAAUGUUUGUCUGAUUCUGAUUGCAUUAACACUGUUGGCUCAUACACAUGCACUUGUAAAGAUGGAUAUAUUGGAGAUGGCUUAUCUGGUUGCAUAGAUGUUGAUGAGUGUGUUACACAGCUUGGUGUAUGUGGCGACUCUGCUCAGUGUGAAAAUACACUGGGUAGCUAUACAUGUACAUGUAAGGCAGGUUCCACAGGUACUGGGGAUGGUUCAGGUGCUUGCUCAGAUAUUGACGAAUGUAAACUGGAGUUGGACAACUGUGGUACAAAUAGUUUGUGUGAAAACACCGAAGGAUCUUACAAGUGCGUGUGCAAAGAUGGGUACACUGGUGACCCCCUUGUGGAAUGUAUAGAUAUUGAUGAAUGUAAGAUUGGACGAAGCAACUGUUUAGCUGAAGCUGUAUGUGUGAACAACAAUGGUAGUUUCCGGUGUGAGUGUAGCAUUGGUUUCCAAGGAGAUGGAGUAACAGAGUGUGCAAAUUUCGACGAGUGUUUAAAAGAUGUAUGCCACCGUCUUGCUGUGUGUGUUGAUACGGAAGGAAGUUUUGAUUGUUACUGUGAGGAUGGUUAUACUGGAGAUGGGAAGUUUUCAUGCCAAGAUGUGGAUGAAUGUGACCAAGGUACAGAUAAUUGCGACAUCAAUGCACAAUGUAAUAACACACCUGGAAGCUUCACAUGUUCGUGUCUGGAUGGUUUUCAGCUGAUUAAUGGCAACUGCACAGAUAUUGAUGAAUGCAGUACUCGAAAACCAUGCACAGAGAAUGCUGAGUGUUCAAAUACAUUGGGCAGUUACUUAUGCGAGUGUAAGAAUGGAUAUACAGGUGUUGGGGAUAUUUCAUGUACAAACAUAAAUGAAUGUGAAAACACCACUAUAUGCACUGAGAAUGCUGACUGCAUUGAUACUGUUGGAAGUUAUGAAUGCAACUGUAAAGAUGGAUUUGUUGGAGAUGGGAACGUAUACUGUUCAAGAGAGGAUAGCUGCAAGAGUGGAAACCACAACUGUUUAGAUAUAGCUGAGUGUGUAAAUUUACCUGGUUCUUAUGUUUGUAAAUGUGCACAAGGAUAUACCGGUGAUGGGAUUACUUCUUGCAUAGACAUAAAUGAAUGUGAGAACAAAGAUAGCAAUGAGUGUCCAGACACGGCCACUUGCAGUAACACAGAUGGAAGCUACACAUGUGCUUGUAUAAAAGGGUAUACUGGCAAUGGAUUAGAAUGUCAAGAUAUUGAUGAGUGUAACACUGGAACAGACAACUGUACAGAGAAUUCACAUUGCAUGAACACUGCUGGAAGUUUUGUCUGCUCAUGUAUAACAGGAUACACUGGAGAUGCAACAGUAGCUUGUACAGAUAUUGAUGAAUGCUUCAAUGAGAAGUCUGUAUGUGCAAGGAAUGCUGUGUGUAACAAUACAGUUGGGAAUUAUUCCUGUGUAUGUAACACAGGGUAUACUGGGGAUGGCAGCACUAUAUGCCAAGAUAUCAAUGAAUGUAGCACAUUUAAAUGUCGUGAAAACUCUGAAUGUGUGAACAACGUUGGCAGUUUUGACUGUGAAUGUGUAGAUGGUUAUGAAUCAGAUGGUAGCCUAUGCACAGACAUUGAUGAAUGUGUGAAACAAACUGAUGAUUGUGAUGUCAGCGCUGAUGAACAAUGCUUUAAUAUUGAUGGGGGUUGGGAGUGCGGAUGCAGAACUGGUUUCAACCAGAACUCUGAGGAUAUCUGUGAAGAUGUGGACGAAUGCAAUGAAGCAAACAACUGUCAUGAUAAUUCCACAUGUAACAAUCUACCCGGCAGCUACGUGUGUAGGUGUGAAGAUGGUUUCCGUGGUGAUGGUAUACAAUGCGAAGAUGUUGAUGAAUGUUCACUUGGUACUGAUGAUUGUCAAGAGAACUCAGAAUGCGGCAACACUGUUGGUGGCUUCACUUGUAAAUGUGAUGUUGGUUAUCAGGGAGAUGCAAAAGUGCUUUGUUCAGAUAUUGAUGAGUGUAAAGAUGGUUUAAGUGAUUGUGAUGUGUAUGCCAACUGUACAAACACACCUGGAACUUUCAUCUGCAACUGUAUUGAAGGUUUUCAUGGUAUUGGAAAAGAAUGUUUAGAUAUUAAUGAAUGUGCAAAUACAACUAAUCCACCUUGUCCUGUAAAUGGUAAAUGCAAAAACACACCUGGCCAUUUUGCAUGUGAAUGUUUGGAUGGAUAUCAAAAAGAUGGAGAGCUAUGUUCAAAUAUAAACGAAUGCACAAGAAACCCUUGCCAUUUUGAAGCUGUUUGUGAAGAUACCGACGGUAGUUACACCUGCACAUGUAAUAGUGGCUUCACAGGAGAUGGAAAAACAUGCACAGAUAUCAACGAAUGCAUCACAAACACACAUGAUUGUGUUGAUAAUGCUGACUGUCACAAUACCGUUGGAAGCCACAAAUGCACUUGUAAACAUGGGUAUACUGGUGAUGGGAAAGACUUGUGUACAAUUGUUGCCACCACAACCAUAGCACCUACUACUGCUGCAGAUGUAAAUGAGUGCAGUACUGGUGCAGCCAGCUGUCAAUUAAACUCCACAUGUGUUAACCAAGUACCUGGAUAUGAAUGUGUUUGUGAUGUAGGAUAUACUGGUGAUGGUAAAGUGCAGUGUACAGAUAUUGAUGAAUGCGUUGAAGGGACAUAUGAUUGCCAAGUAAAUUCCAUUUGUUUGAAUAACAUUGGAUCUUACACCUGUGUAUGCAGUAGUGGAUAUGAAAUGCUUGACACAAUUUGCCAAGAUAUUAAUGAAUGCUUAACCAACACCCAAACAUGCUCUGGCAACGCAACAUGUACGAAUAACAAAGGCAGCUAUGCUUGUGAUUGCAACCGCGGUUAUACUGGAGAUGGAGUCCUUUGUGAAGAUAUAAAUGAAUGUGUUGAGCUACCAUCUUCUUGUCCUUUACCAUCUGUAUGUGAGAAUACAGCUGGUGAUUUUGAAUGCAAGUGUAUUGCUGGAUAUGAGAAGAAAGUCGGUGAUGCGACUUGCACAGAUGUUAAUGAAUGUGUUACACCUGGUUCUUUUACGUGUGCUGACAAUGCGGAUUGUGUGAACACAAAGGGAACAUACACUUGUACAUGCAUAUCUGGAUAUGUAGGAGUGGGUACUGAAAACUGUACAGAUGUGGAUGAAUGCAGUGAGGGCAUAGAUGAUUGUGGAGUUAACAGUGAAUGUAUCAAUGAAGAUGGAGGGUGGACAUGCGACUGUAAACCUGGUUAUACAGGAGAUCCUGGUGUUCUCUGUGAAGAUAUUGAUGAAUGCAAGACUGACAAUACAAGCUGUGACACUAACUCUCUUUGUGAGAAUACAAUUGGAAACUUUAUUUGUGCAUGCAAACCAGGUUAUACUGGUGAUGGAAAGAAACAGUGUACAGAUGUUGAUGAGUGUGAAUUAAAAUUGGACAAAUGUGGUUCAAACAGUGAAUGUAGGAAUGCAGUUGGUAGCUACCAGUGUCCGUGUAUGAGUGGAUUUGCUAAAACAGAUGGUGACAUAUGCAAAGAUAUUGAUGAAUGUACAUUAGCUACGGACAACUGCCAUCCCACUUAUGGUGUGUGUAAAAACACAGUGGGCAGCCACACAUGCUCUUGUAUCAAUGGCUACAUUGGGAAUGGUGUAACAUGUGUUGCCACUGAUUUGUGUGGGACUGGUGCACACAACUGUAGUGAAGGAACAAUAUGUAAGAACACAGAUGAUGGAUUCAUAUGUACUUGUGAUCCUGGCUUUGAAAUUGUAGCAGACACUUGCAAAGAUAUUGAUGAAUGUGCUUCUCCAUUCCUCACAAACUGCAGUGAGAAUGCUGAUUGUUCUAAUACAAAUGGUUCAUAUACAUGCACAUGUAAAACAGGAUACACUGGAGAUGGGGAGACAUGUUCUGAUAUAGAUGAAUGUGCUGAUGACACAGCCAAUGAUUGUCAUAGUAAUUCUACCUGCAGUAAUACGGAUGGUAGUUAUACAUGCGCAUGUGUUACUGGAUUCACAGGAGAUGGAAAAACAUGUGAAGAUAUCAACGAAUGUGAAAUAUCAAACAAAACAUGUGGGGAGAAUGCUACCUGUACUAACAAUGUUGGAUCUUACACUUGUUCCUGUAUAACUGGAUAUACUGGUGAUGGUAUAAACUGUGAAGAUAUUAAUGAGUGUGAACUGCACACACCCCCUUGCCACACUAAUGCCGAUUGUGUUAACACUGAUUCAAGCUUUACGUGCACCUGUAAAUAUGGUUAUAUUGGCGAUGGCAUCACUAGUUGUGAAUUAAUAACUACAACAACACCUGCACCUACUUCAAAACCACUAGCUGAUGUACCAAUAAGUGAAUGCCAGAUCACAAACAGCAUUCACUUCAACACACUUGACAGCAAACUUUACAACUUUGAUGGAACAUGUAGCUACAUGCUUGCCAAGUCAACAUGCGAAUCUGCACCACCUGUAUCUAUUGAGAUGGUCAAAGACAACCCAUCAUUCGGCUCAUCAACCUUGCUUAAAGUGAUCAUUAAAAUCAACUACAAAACUAUUGAGUUGCGACGAGGUUUAAUACUAAAGGUGGAUGGAAUACGAACCAACACACCCUACAUUCUUGAAAGGAGUGGAUUACAAGUUAGAUUGUUGGGAGAUUCUCUUCAGUUAGAAACAACAUAUGGGAUAGUGGUGUCAUUGUAUGCUGAAACCAAUGUCAAGAUAAGUCUUCCGAAAACUUUUAGAAGCUGUACUGAAGGUUUAUGCGGAAAUUUUGAUGGAAAUCCCUCAAAUGAUUUAAAUUAUGAAGAACCUCAAGCAUUUGGAAUUACUCAUAAAACUGAGAGUGGUGACCAAAGUUGUCAAGCCUCCAUACUGUAUGAUGAUUGCCAAGCUCCACCCUCAGAUAGAGGAGAAUGUUCUUGUAACCUUCUAAUUGAGGAAGACGGUUGUUUCUCUGGUUGUAAUGUGGAUUCUAGUCAAUAUUUCAAGGACUGCUCCAGUGACUCAUGCAGAACUACAGGUUCCCAGAUGUCCUUGCUUGCCAACUUAGCAGCUUAUGCUGAUGCUUGUUUAAAGGAAGGAGCAGUGAUUUGUAACUGGAGAAAAACUUGUGGAUUAGAACCACUGUGUCCAGUGAAUUCAAGAUAUGAACCUUGUGUCAAACAGUGUCCUAAUGUUUGUCAUUAUGGGAACACAUCAACUGUAAUAGAUUGCAAUGUUACAAAGUGCACACCUGGUUGUGAAUGUGAACAUGGUUACCUGAAGUCAGGAGAUUUGUGUGUUGAGCCUUCUAACUGUGGAUGUGUUCUUAACGAAGUGUAUUACCAGCCUGGUGAAACUGUAAUGAGAGACCAAUGUAAGGAGGUAUGUGCUUGCAAAGAUGGUGUUAUGGACUGUGUAUCAAACACUUGUGAAACUGGGACAGAAUGUGGGGCUGAGAAUGAUGGAAGAAUGGCUUGCAAACCAACUGGGUAUGGGCAAUGCAGAGCUUAUGGCGACCCACAUUAUUACUCAUUUGAUCGCAAGCGACAAUUUCACUUCAUGGGAAAAUGCAACUACCGAUUAUCUGAGACAUUACUUGACCAAAAUGACCCACGUUGGUACAAGAUAAUAGUUGAGCAUGAAGUUAGAUCAAAACCCAUUGUGUCUUACACCAAGUCAGCUACUGUUCAUUUCAAUGGGGGCACUGACAAAGUGCGUUUUGAGAAAAGGUUGCUGCCAAAGAUUAAUGGGAUUCCACAUAAGCGAUUUAAAGGGAGCAACUUCAAUGUAAGGAGAAGGGGGCGAUACUAUACUUUGGUAACAGACUUUGGAUUGAAAGUUGAACAAACCCGAUCAAAUGUGCGGGUAACUAUACCAAGCACAUACAUUGGACAGGUGUACGGGCUUUGUGGUGAUUUCGAUUUAGACGAUAAGAACGACUUUAAACUACCUGAUGGAUCCAUAACUAGAAAAGUGAAUGAGUUUGGUAGAAGUCACCAAGUUGGAAACUGCACUGAACCUGAAGCUCCCCCACCUUUUGUAUGCCCUGCUCAAGAUGAACUUAGAUACUCUGCCAAUAAUGUAUGUGGGGUGAUAACUGAACCAAGUGGACCGUUUGCUGAAUGUCAUGCUAAAGUUGAUCCAACAGAUUAUUUCACGAGUUGUGUAUUUGAUAUCUGUGUUUAUGAUGGAAACAGGACAGUGUUACAAGAGGCACUUGAAGCAUAUGCAAAAGAAUGUCAAAGGAAUGAUGUUGGCGUUUGUAACUGGAGGAAUGCAACUGGAUUCAUUGAAAGUGAUGAAUAUGUUCCCGCCAACAGUCACUUUGAUGGUUGUGCUAGUGGAUGUCCUAACACUUGUUCAAAUCCAAGAGCUUCAGAUGAUUGUGAGGAAUCCAGCAUAGAAGAUUAUGUUUGUAAUGAAGGAUAUUUACAAGAUGGGGAUGAUUGCAUUAGCAGGGCAGAGUGUGGCUGCAUUCUUUCAACAGGAGGUUAUGUGGAACAAGACUACCAGUUUAUGAAUGCAAACUGCAGCACUGUAUGUGAAUGCACUGGAGCAAAUAAACUUGUGUGUCGACCAGCUGCUUGUCAGGAUGGUGAAACCUGUCAACCAUUAAGAAUCGGUCACUUUGACUGUGUAGAGACAGGACCACCCACAAAGCCUCCACGGGUCGAAUGCAAAGGAAACAACAAGAUUGACUUGGUUGUUCUACUCGACACAAGCUCUUCAAUAAAAUCUAAAAAUUUCGAACUCAUUCGAGAAUUUAUUGCAAAUCUGAUCAACCAGUUUAAAAUUGGUAAAGAUGGUUUGUUGGUUGGCGUGGCAACAUACAGCAGGAGUGUUCAAAACUUGUGGGAAAUGAACAAAUACAGUGAUAAGGACUCCUUGCUGCGUGCUGUGCGUGGAAUACCUUAUAAUGGAGGAGGAACUAGUACUGGAGCUGCAAUUACAAAUAUAACUGAUAUUAAAUACACAGAGCUGGCGGGACGAAGAAAAUCAGCCCAGGCUGUAACUCUUGUGCUCACUGAUGGUGUAUCUUCUGAUGACGUGAGUGGUCCUGCAUAUAUUCUUCAACAGAAGUCAGUAGUGAUUGCACUUGGAGUAAAAGGAGCAAACUUGAAGCAAUUGAAUGAGAUCGCAACGGAACCUGACAGUAUAUUCGCCAUUAUGCUGCAAAACUUUGAUGAACUGAAAGGCAUUACAAGGACAAUAGUAGAAGCUAUGUGUUAUGUGGAUGAAAACGCUUGCUCCAGUAGUCCAUGUUUGAAUGGAGGGUCUUGUACUUCCUUGGACAAGGGAGGUUACAAGUGUGUCUGUUUUGAUAAAUUCACUGGAGUUAACUGUGAAAUAGCUCCAAAAUCUGUUGAAGAUUGCAAGGCAAAUGCAAAGUUGGAUUUGGUGUUUGUGCUCGACUCAAGUGGGUCUGUACAAAGAGUCAACUUCAGGUUGGUUCUGGAUUUUGUAAAAUCUGUUGUUUCUGGCUUCAAGAUUGGUCCUGAUGGGGUUCAGGUUGGUUUGGCUCGUUACAACAGUAGAUGGAAGAAACUUUGGGAUCUCAAUGAAUAUUCAACCAAAGAUCGACUUCUACGAGCUAUUUCUGGAGUCGAUUAUAUAAGUGGGAGCACCAGGACCGGGGUAGCUUUAAGAAGCACUGCUCUAACUAUGUUUGGUUCAAGUCAAGGUCGUAGAAAGGAUGUAAAAGCUGUCACUGUUGUUGUUACCGAUGGAAAGUCCUGGGAUAAAGUGGAGGAACCUGCACUUCUGUUGCGCAAUAAGUCAUCUGUGAUUGCACUGGGAAUCAAAAACGCAGUAAAAGCACAACUUGUAUCAAUUGCUUCUUACCCACCUGAAACUUACGCACAGGAAGUCAUCAGUUUUGCAGCUUUGGAUAAAUUUGUCAGCACAUUGUUCAGUAUAAUCUGUGGAACUGAUGAGGGACCUUGUACAAAGUCUCCAUGUUUGAAUGGUGGGAUAUGCAAUGAAUUAGAUGGUGGAAGAUAUAACUGCACUUGCCCAGAUGGGUAUUCUGGUGAAAACUGUGGCAAAUCUGCUGGAAAUGACGUUUGUCAGAAAACUGCCAUUACUGAUCUCGUAUUUGUGCUCGAUGCCAGCGGUUCUGUAAAGCGAUAUAACUUUGAACUAGUGAAAGACUUUGUCGCAAACAUAGUAGACCGAUUUACUAUUGGUCCUAAGGCAGUGCAGGUGGGCAUGGUUAGGUACAGCACCUCUGUCAGCCACCUUUGGAAACUCAACAGAUUCUCAAACAAAGAGACUUUGCUGAAGAACAUAAGAAAUAUAAGGUAUACUGGUGGUUGGACUUACACUGCAAAAGCUCUUCAAGGUGUUGCCAGAUAUCAGUUCACUUCAUCUGCUGGUAGUAGAAAAAGUGUCAAACCAAUUGUAAUUGUUAUCACUGAUGGCAAGUCUAAUGACCAAGUCAGAAAUGCAGCUUCAACCUUGCAGCGAUUUGCAACAGUGAUUGCUCUUGGUAUUAAGGGAGCCGACAAGUCUGAGUUGGGAAUUAUAGCUUCAGAUCCAGAUUCGAAAUAUUCGCUUAAUAUUCGCAGCUUUUCCGAGCUUACUAGGAUUAUUGAUAUGAUCAUAUCAGCUAUGUGUUCUUCUCAAGGAAACUUUGGAAGCUCUCCACCUGCUUCUACUUCUUCAGCUUCAUCCACUGGCAUCAAAGGGACGUGUUCUUCAUCUUCAAAAUGGACGGAGUGGUUCAACUAUGACGAUCCAUUCGGUAGUGGUGACAGGGGUGAUUUAGAAAGUUUGACAAGUAUCAGAAGAAGAGGAAAAGCGUGUUCGAAUCCAACUGCUAUCCAAGUUCAAUCUGUUGAUGGAGUUGCUUACACCGCCACUGGUGAUGUUACAACUGUUGCCAUCACCUCUGGUGUGAGAUGUGUCAACUAUCAAGGAGGGAAUAGACUUUGUAAAGAUUACAGAGUCAAGUUUUGUUGCCCUUCAUCUGGAACAAGCAGUCAUACAUCUACAUCAUCAAUGAGUUCUGGCACCUCUACUGGCAUUAAAGGGACAUGUUCUUCAUCAUCAAAAUGGACAGAGUGGUUCAACUAUGACGAUCCAUUCGGUAGUGGUGACAGAGGUGAUUUAGAAAGUUUGACAAGUAUCAGAAGAAGAGGAAAAGCGUGUUCGAAUCCAACUGCUAUCCAAGUUCAAUCUGUUGAUGGAGUUGCUUACACCGCCACUGGUGAUGUUACAACUGUUGCCAUCACCUCUGGUGUAAAAUGUGUCAACUAUCAAGGAGGAAAUAGACGUUGUAAAGAUUACAGAGUCAAGUUUUGUUGCCCUUCAUCUGGAACAAGCAGUUAUUCAUCUACAUCAUCAAUGAGUUCUGGCACCUCUACUGGCAUCAAAGGAACGUGUUCUUCAUCAUCAAAAUGGACGGAGUGGUUCAACUAUGACGAUCCAUUCGGUAGUGGUGACAGGGGUGAUUUAGAAAGUUUGACAAGUAUCAGAAGAAGAGGAAAAGCGUGUUCGAAUCCAACUGCUAUCCAAGUUCAAUCUGUUGAUGGAGUUGCUUACACCGCCACUGGUGAUGUUACAACUGUUGCCAUCACCUCUGGUGUGAAAUGUGUCAACUAUCAAGGAGGGAAUAGACUUUGUAAAGAUUACAGAGUCAAGUUUUGUUGUCCUUCAUCUGGAACAAGCAGUUAUUCAUCUACAUCAUCAAUGAGUUCUGGUGCUUCGACUGGCAUCAAAGGAAGGUGUUCUUCAUCAUCAAAAUGGACGGAGUGGUUCAACUAUGACGAUCCAUUCGGUAGUGGUGACAGGGGUGAUUUAGAAAGUUUGACAAGUAUCAGAAGAAGAGGAAAAGCGUGUUCGAAUCCAACUGCUAUCCAAGUUCAAUCUGUUGAUGGAGUUGCUUACACCGCCACUGGUGAUGUUACAACUGUUGCCAUCACCUCUGGUGUGAAAUGUGUCAACUAUCAAGGAGGGAAUAGACUUUGUAAAGAUUACAGAGUCAAGUUUUGUUGUCCUUCUUACUAUGCUGAUGAAAAUCGUCCUCAGUCUGAAGCACCAGUGGAAGACAACAGUAGCAUCGAAACUACAGCUGAACCACAACUACUACUACUACUACCACCACAACUACAACCACUGAAGCUCCAACGGAAUCUCUUUGUAAUUUCACCGCUGCUGGUUCCUGUUUCAUGGUCACUAAUAAAGUCUCUUCCCUAAAUAAAGUUAAUGAAAUUUGUGAAAAGAUGUUUGGUGGAGCUGCAGCUGUUUUGGAAACGAAAGAGAAAUAUGAGGCAGCGUAUCAGUGGUCACAGUCACCAGAUGGGACAUCUUUCCUUUCUUCCAAAUCUACAUGGAGAUAUUUUUUCUGGCUUGGAGCAAAGCGUGGCACUGGACGUACGGUAAUACAAAGCAACGGAAAACAAACAGCAUACCUGCCUUGGGUUGGUGCACAACAUUCCAAAAAUCGCUGUGUUUCCUGGCUAUACACCGAUACCGGUUUAAGCGGGCUGAAAGCGGUUCCAUGCAGCGGUGUUAACCGGGGUGUAUUAUGCGAAAUUGUGAUGUAGUUCUGUGUUUAUAUUUUAGAUGUAAUUUGUUCAUAAUUGUGUUUAGUUAUAUGUACUUUCGCAGUAUAUUUAUUAGUUUAAAGUUUUAUUGCAGUCUUUAUUUAUUUUUUUGUAGUGUUAUAUAAACUGUUGCAAAACCGUGUUAUUGUCGUGAAUUUAAUACAUGUGUACUGCUUACAACAAAUAUAUUACAAUUUGGCUUA